AUGGAUCAAGGUGCAGUCUCUGCUCUCCGCUCGGCCACCUCUAGCGUCGCUCCACUGGGCCGAAGCGCCUUUGCAUCCCUCUUGACUCAGCUGCGUCAAAAGCGCAGUGCCUUGCCACAAGCUCUGGCUCUAGCAGCCAUCUUUCAAGCCGAAGGGCUUUUCAGCUUCCUCAAGACGUAUCUGUACAAGUUUGUCGCUAAUCGCCUCUUCUUUCAGGCUCACAUUAAUGGACAUGGAUGGAGCUGGUUGAAACGAUGGAUCGCUGCUCAGCCUACUGCCAAGGAAUUGCGCAGCUUCGAGAUCGAAGAAGUCAGGCCCAAGUCUCAUGAAGCGCCAGCUUGCGUCGUCUCCACCCAGCCGCAAUGCAGCAAGGUGUGGUUGCUAGUUGACAGGAGCAGCGGCAUCUCCACGCCCGUCACCGUCCAUACCUUGCUGCGCUUCGCUCUCGCCAAGCUCUGCGGCUUCUUGUGCAGAUCCUCGGUGCCCACGACGCUCAUAUCGUACGAGCUGGAGAGAACGUACGAAGGCAAUUCUAGUUCACCUUCUCACUUUACUCGCAUCCAAAUGAUGACGCGCCACCGUCAACAUUUCGAAGAGCUGCUGUGCACCAUUCGAGGUGAGGAUGAGGUGGCGCGGUCAGAUCUGACGAUGGUGUACGAGGUGGUGGAUGACGAGUGGGAAGAGGCUUGCGAUAUCCCUCUCAAGCCUUGGCACUCUGUCAUCUUGGCCGAGGGCAAAGCCGAAGCUUUGCUAGAGGAUGUCCAGUCAUUCGUCGCUUCGGCGCCGUGGUACGAGAAGCACGGAUUGCCUCACAGGCGCGGCAUUCUGCUCUACGGCCCUCCCGGCACAGGCAAGACGAGCGUCGCGACGGCAUUGGCGGGCAAGCUAAAGCAAAAUUUGCACACCAUCAACCUGGCUGGUCUUACCGAUGCUACUUUUGCUCGACUAGUGAGGUGCACCUACAGCGCUGUCCUGCUUUUGGAAGACAUCGAUUCCAUCUUUACGGCCGACAGGCAGAGUUCGGAUGAAAGGAGCCAAGUCACCUUUUCUGGUCUCUUGAACGCUCUGGACGGAGUGUUGGCUUCCACAAAGGGUCUCAUUGUGCUUGCCUCUACAAAUCACAUCGAAAGGAUUGAUCCGGCAUUGAUAAGACCUGGACGUUUCGACUUGCGCAUGUUCGUCGGCAAUGCUACGUAUCAACAAGCUCAAGCCCUCUUUCUCAACAUCUACACCGACCUGGAUACCCGAGCAGACUUUUUGCAGCAGCUCGAGCAAGCGCGGCAAGGCGAGGCCUGUACUGUGUCAGCACGCCAGGAGUCCGAAGCCGUCGAGAUUUCGGACGAAGCACAGAAGCCGCUCGUCAAGGAUGCUUGGACUUUGAGUCUCAGCAGACCCAUCACUCCUCCCGUCACUCCUCCCAAUAAGCUGAUGGAGUACGACGAGGAGGUGGAUGGUGCCGGUGCAGAUCAGGGCGCAGCAUGCAUCGAUCCGCCCGUGGUCGCAUUCGACACUUGCUCGACAGCAAACAAGGCAGGACGCACCGUGCAGGACGCGGUCGGCGCAAAGGUAUACGGCUCCUCUCUCUGGUCUCAAUCGCUCGACUUCGCUUCGCGCAUUCCGGAACCUACGCAUACGAAGGCCACUGCGGCAGGAGAGGCGGACACAGUCACGGGCGUGGGCAUGGCUGCGCUUCAGGGCUUUCUUGUUCGAAGGAGAGGUAGACCUGAUGCGGCAGUAGCUGACGUGGAAAGCUGGAUCAUCGGCGGCAUGUCCUCUGAUGAUUCUGGGCCGGUAGUCAGUUUGUGA